AUCACCUGCGCGCGUUGGAGCUUUGGUCGCUAAUACACAAGUUCAAUUUAAGUUUUAUUGCGAAACCACUUUAGUAACUACAUAUACAGAUAAAUAAUCUCAAGCGAAUCAUAGGUAAACAGCACAUUAUGGAAUCAAGUACAAAUAUUAUAUCAACUGGACCGAAGAACGAAGUGUUUUUGAGCAAGGCGUCCGAGGUUCAAAUUCAGAAAGGAAAUUUUCAAGAACAGUUUACCAAACGCUUACAAAAACUUUUACUAUCCGGCUCAAGUCCUCUGAAAAGUAACCCGGAUGAGGAUUCAGUGGAGAGAUUUUGCGCAACAAGCACUAUAAGAAACGGAACUCAAUAUUACGAGUUCCGGCCAGACGAUUACACAAAAGGGAUUAUUUUAUCUGGACCAGCAUUUGACCCAAAAGGGCUUAUUUUAAUUGUCAAGGACCGGAUAAGUAAAGAACAUUGGAUAAAUGAGAGUGUGAUUAAGUACCAUCGCAACUCAAUGGCAGAAAUUCAACAAAUUGUUUGGGACGCCUUAUCGGAGGAGGAAUUCAGAAUAUACAAUUAUUUGCGCUAUCUACAGGAGAAUCGUUAAAAAUAUUUAGUAAAAAAUAUAAACAAAUAAAUUAAAAGUAAACAAAAACUAUUAAAACCUUCAA